CCCGCAGCCAGUCCACUCACUGAUGCCCUGAUCCUUCCCCAGAAACGCAGCCACUGUUUCCCUCUCCAAACUACACACAUCUGAGCGUCAACUCACUGCGCAACACUCGCAACAUCUGGAGGAGGACUGGAAAAGCCGACGCCGCCCGCAAGCUGCACGUUGUCCUCUCUUUUCUUUUUUCUCGUUUUUCUUCCUGCGCGACGAGGAGAAAGUGCCGCGUCCUUGAAAUUAUAAGUUGAAAGAGAGGGAGAGUGAGAGAGUUGCCUGGCGGACAAAUAGAUCUCGCUUUGAGUACAAGGACCACUAAAAAAGGAGGUGAAUGGACCUCCACCGCCCCUUCAAGAUGGACAGCCCCUCCUACCUGCCAGCUCCACUGGCCUCCCCCGCCCUGAUGGUCCUCGCCUCCACUGCCGAGGCCGGCCGAGACGCCUCCGUCCCCUGCCAGGCUCCCAGGCCCUUCGGUGUCCCUGGCUCCGUGGAGAAAGACCUUCACCUCCCCUUCCCCUCGGCCUCUUACACCUUCACCUCCAUGUAUCAGCGUCAGGGCCCCAUGUCAGGCACCUUUCCCUCCCGAGAUUUCCCAGCCUCUCUGCUCCACCUGCACCCCCAGUUCACUCCGCCAAACCUGGACUGCUCCACCCUAAGCAUGCUCAACCACAGCGGGGUGGGCGCCUUCCGACCUUUCUCGUCCCCACAAGAGGAGAGGGAGUCGGGCGUUUACCAGUCAGCUUUCACCCCUGCCAAGAGGCUGAAAAGCUGUUUCCCUGACAUUGAGGGGAAGGAGUUUGACUUCGGCUCCCCGGGAGGCUCCCUCAAAGCUGGGGAGGACUCAGGGAGGAAGCUGUUCUCCAUGUCUGGCCUGCUGUCUGAUGGGGAAGCUUCAUCGAGCCCAGAGGAGCGCAAAGACCACAGUAAAGUGAAGGGUCUCUAUGACUCUCAGGCCCCAGCGUGUCCAGUCUGUCAGGCUAUUCUGCGACCAGGAGAGCUGCAAGAACACAUGGAGCAGGAGUUGACCAAACUCGCCCAACUUCAAAUGAGUGCCACUCCAGGGCACCACGACCACCUCAUAAGGACGCCCAAGUCACUCUCGCUGUCUCUUCAUAUCAAGCGUGAAGGAGGUUCUCCCACCUCGCCCCCUCGACCGUCUGAGGACGCGCACUCUGACCGAUACCAGACGUUUCUCCGUGUGCGGGCCAACAGACACACCAGACUGAAUGUCGAUGACCUCUGCUGGUGCAGGUGCUACGUCAAAUCUGCCCCAUUACGCCCCCACAGCGCAGGAGCCCACCUAGACUGCACACAAGCUGUCAGGAUCGGGAAGCUGAAGAGGAGGAAACCAGAAGAGGGACAGGAGGGCUCAGCGGACAUGGUGCCGCUGGAGGACGAAUGGAAUGACAGGAGAAGGAUACAAAUGGCGUCUAUAGUUGGAGGGUUUAAAGGUGCAGUCCUGGUGAGCACAACUUCUAAGGAGUGUCGAGACAGCGAUGCAGACCUGGACGUAGACGGGGAUGACACUCUGGAGUACGGCAGAGCGCAAUACACAGAGACAGAUAUCAUCCCCUGCUCAGGAGAAAACUCCAAGGAGACAACAGUGAACAGCACAUUGCCUGACUCCAGAGUAAACCUAGAGUUUUCCAAAUGGUCAAAUGAUGGGAGUCCAUCUACCAGCAGCGGAGAGAAAGUGGACGGGAGCAUAGCUGGUCUCCCCAAAACCUGCAAAAACUCUGAGAUAGAGACGCUCUCAGAGGACUCCACGCUGACAACUCUGGAUGCACUUAAAGCUCGGAUACGGGAUUUGGAGAAACAGUUGUCCAAAGGAGACAGAUUUAAAUGCCUCAUCUGCAUGGACACGUACACAACUCCUCUCACCUCCAUCCAGUGCUGGCAUGUUCACUGUGAGGAGUGUUGGCUUCGAACAUUGGGAGCAAAGAAGUUGUGUCCUCAGUGCAACACUAUCACCUCACCUGGAGACCUGAGACGGGUCUUCCUGUGACGCAGCCACUCACCAAAUGAGGGAAGAGGCUUCUUGUGUUUCAGCCAAUCAGGGGUGGGCGUGUGGGCAGCUGGCCUGUCCUCCUCUUCCUCCUCACAUCUUUCCUGGUCCUACCUGUUCGUCCACUAACCACUGAUAAACAGCAAGUGUGACCUUUGACCUUCCUUCACAGCCCUGUACAAUAUCUAUGUUCCUGCUGCAACACCAACAAGAUCAGAACAAACGUCUAAAAAAAACGACCGUGAGCUCAGGCACUGAAAACAAAUAGAAAGAAAAAUCGCUUUGGGACAAUAUUUAUCGAUUUUGUAAUCCUUUUUUCUGUUUUAUGAGGGGAAUAAAUAGUUGAAUCUCAUGCAAAGCACAUGUACAUAGUUUUGUGUAUGUUUGGAUUGGUGUGUGUAUAUGAUGUUGGCUAGCAGAACAACCCGACUGUAUUUACUGUACAGAGUUUGUCUUUGCUUAGAUCAUUUAUUAUUUGUUUAGGUCCAGUAGUUUGGAAACAUUUACAGUAAUUUCAU